AUGUCUCGAGCACCUAAGAUCUCAGAAGCGAUCUGGGAGCGGCACAAGAGCAUUAUUCGAACCUUGUAUAUUGACGAAGAUAACAGCCCUGAGAAAGUCUCCGAGAUUUUGCGGGACAAUUAUGGAUUUACAGCAUCGCGUCAUCAAAUCAUUCGUCGGCUUGCCAGAUGGAAGUUCAAAAAGUACACGACCAAGGAGGAAUGGGUAUAUACGAGCUUGCAGAUACGAAGGCGAAAAGAGCAGGACAGGAAAAAGACUGAAAUUGUUCUGAAUGGCAAAUCAAUUUCGGAAAAGAAACUCAGCAAAGCCCUAGGGAGGUACGUUGGGCCCUGGGACUUCGGGCCCGAGUGCCAGAGGAUUCGUCCCUGCGAAGACCUCACCACAAUAGCGAUUCAUACCCCCAAGGAAGACUCUGGCGUCAUACCAUACUCGACGCCGUGGUUCAAGUUCUGGACCCUUGCUGAAGAGACGGUUUUUACGAGCGCCGCUAUUGCUUUAGCAAGACCCAAAAGCCACAAUAACCAAGAAUCUCUUGAUAAGAUCAUGAAAUUCAUGUCAUCGGAUGAGCAACAGUUCACCGAACUACCCAGCUUGCUAUCACACCUGGCGACAGCCUUGCCUCUAUUUCAUGAAAACCAGCGACACACUGUACAAGAGGACUGCGACUCUUUGCUGCUGCAAUGGAUCUUUUACGCUGGCUCGAACAAGUUAGUUAGCGUGGAAUGCACGCACAUUUUGUUGAAAUGGGCCAUCGACAAUAACUAUCUCCGGCUCAUCAAGGACGCCAUUGCCCUUGGUGGACUAACCGUCCAAGCCGCUUCCAGAUGCCUGCUCCCCAGCGCUGUCGAGAUAGGCGAUAUGGACCUACUACAACUGCUUUUGCAAACCGCUCGUGGCCCUAGCUUCUCUUCACGAUAUUUGGACAGGGCACUCGCAGUGGCUAUUAACAAUAUCGAUGGCCCCAUGGUUGAUGUAUUGUUGAAGAAUGGUGCCAACACCACCAGAUCAUCCUUGAGCGACGAACAGCGCAUGAGGCAGGCAUUGAAAUUGAACAAUAGUGACAAGAUCGUGAGAAGUCUUUUGGAAUCCGGUGCGGACAUCCGUGGCAUGUCGAUUACCCAUUCUAUUCUUCUUUAUGCUCGAAGUACGGCAUCUGCAAAGCUACUGUUAGACGCUGGUGCUCCAGUGAAUUUCGCAGGCGCAAUGCGGUUUACCCCUAUUCAGCAAGCAGCUCUCAGGAAUGAUCUAGAUAUGGUCACCCUGCUGCUGGGAGCUGGGGCAGACCCGAACUUGGUUUGCGGCGAUGCCAGAGACCUAUUAUUACGCAAUAACUGUGUUGCAGAGAACGGCCACAUACCUUAUGGUAUCUCACUUGCACUAAUCUCACCACUCAUGUUCGCAAUGGGACAUCACAACUUCGAUAUGGCUCGUUGUCUUCUGAAUGCUGGGGCAACAAUUGAUUGGCCCAUCGCCAGUCAUCCUAAAGGAGAAAACUCUAGACUAUGUCGCAUUUUCCAAUGGAACACCGUCCAUGUGCACAUGUUGAGAUGGUGGAGAGUUGCCAGGUCUUGGAAAGAUGCGCUUCCGCAAUAUCCUGGAAAGGUGGCUGCUGGCAAGAUAUGCGAGAUCUUCGAAGCACUCUCACAACCAGCAGUGAAUCUAUAUUCCUUUGCGUAUGACUGGCAUCUUGAUGGAACGGCACUACAAGCUGCAGUGGAGAUAAAUGACUAUGAACUCGUCCGUACACUCACACAUGAUAGGGUUGACGUGAACAAGACACCAUGCUCUGACCCGGUCUUACCAGCUCUACAAACAGCGUCGCUCAACGGCAACACUAGCCUGUUCAGACUGCUGGUGCAGCGAGGAGGUGACAUCCAUGCUCAAACUGCAGCAAGAGGACUCACUUGCCUACAGGCUGCAGCGAUGUUAGGAAGCCAAGAACUCGUCGAGCUACUUUUGAAAAUGGGUGCCCGAGUCGACGAUUACCAGAGGGGAAAUAACACAACCGUUCUCCAAGGAGCCGUCAUAAGUGGCAGUAUAGGAGCUGUACGGACAGUUCUCCAUGCUGGAGCAGACGUCAACGACAGCCGAGGUGUCUGCUCUCCUCUUUACCACGCCGCCUACGGACAAGAUCCUGAAAUGUGUGCUUUUCUCUUACACAGAGGCGCUUUGGUGGACCAGGAGAACAGAGACAGCCCACUAAUUGCUGCAAUAUUUCGAGGCUCGCAUAAGAUGGUAAAACUUCUUUUGGAAGCCCGAGGCAAUCCCGACAGUUGUACUCGAUUAGUACACCGCAAAUGGAGCGAGUCAGGCAUGCCACAGAUUCAGUAUAGAGAAGAAGAAGACAAAAACGACGUCCAAUUAUGGACUCCGCUCGCAGCUGCUUGUUACUGGAGUGACAUCGCCAUGAUCGAGCUGCUUUUACAGUAUGGAGCUAUACUGCACAAAGGGAUGAAGUGUCUGUUCUCUCCAGUUGAGGCUUCAAUUUGCCGAAAUGACUUCAGUUAUGACAUUUUUCAGUUUAUAAUUCACCUAAGAGUGAGAGAUCUAGGAGGUCUAAGCUGGGAUGAUCGGGAGGCGUUGGUUAGUUGUGCAGUGCCGACGAACGUGCCAUGCGAAGUUGUACAACAGAUGGUCGCUUUAGAUCUCCUCACAGAAGUUAGCAAAGGAAAAACCCUCGUCCUUGCAGCGGAAAAAGGGCUUUUGGAGAGGGUCAGGAUAUUGGUAAGAGCCGGCACAGACAUUCACUCUGAUACAGCAAACAUUGGCGGCACAGCCUUAAAAGUUGCAUGCCAGAAAGGCCACCUUGACGUCGCUGAAUAUCUCCUUGCUGAAGGGAUGGGCUGUCGCCUUUGGUAUGAGUUGCCAAACCACGCGGCCCGAUUAUCAGAUGCCUUGGAUGCUGCAGAAGCCAAUGGCCAUUUCAACCUCGUUGCCUUGCUUCUCAAAUACACAGCAGCUUUCAGUGAUGACAAGUUUAUUGAGUUCGAGCUACGACAUCGCCGAGCUUUAGCUGCCGGAAGAGUUGACAUAGCCCAUCUGUUUCUGGACCACAGCAUAAGACAGUAUAGUCCGAGACUGCCUGUAACGGCCGACAUCUCUGAGGGCGAGCUGGUGGAUGCAACAACUAGAGAGAGGGAGGACACAUCAUGA